AUGGCAACCAGCAAUGCAUCAAAUGAGAAGACGGAAUCGUCAUUCUUAAGAUCCCCGCACACGUGGGAGAGUUUGGGCAAGAUUGAGAAGGAUGACGACUUUUAUCAGGCGCUGGAUUUUGAGCACUUCAACAGUGCGCAACAAGCAGCCAUCACUGGGGAUUCAGAUGAUUUUGUCCAACUACGAGCUGCACUGGAUGCUAGGACGAAACAUAAUGGACGGGACUUGCACAAGCGCUGCUUUCGAGCGAUACAAGAACGUGUCCAAAUGAAAGAACGGAAUGGUUGUUUUAAUUUUGAUUUGGUAAACAACUUUGUUCACGCAGAGCCGAUUGGUUGUUUUACCGUUAGCCCAUGCAAAGGGUAUAUUGCCAUAGGUACUCAUUGUGGGGGAAACUAUGACGGUGGUGGAUCCAUUCAGAUUUUUGAGAUUGCAACAGGUCAAGCGGUCAAUCAAGGGUAUGGGGGCAUUGAAGGUGGGAUUGGAUGGAGUGGUCAUGCACGAAUGAUGCAAUGGAUACCAGAAGAGGAUCGCAAAGGCAUAAUAGCCUAUUGCUACCACACGAAUGGAUUUGGAUAUUGUUACCCCACCGAUGAGAUGGAAUAUCCAGAGAUUGAAUGCUUCCCGCUGGAUGGAAAAGAUGAACCCUGCCCAUUCACCUUGAGUCCAACCGGGACCUUUGCUAUUGGAUACGGAUACAACGAAGAAGAGACGGUGCCAGGAGGUACGACCGACGGCGACGAUGAGCUUGAGUAUUUUGACAACGAAGUACCGGACCACCUCAAAGAUGAAGAUGGAGAUGCACCCGGCCUUGGAGACUGGAACUACAUGAUGUUUGCCAAUGGGGGCGAACGGCUACAAGGAACCACAUACAAUAGUGCGAUUGCAGUCGACAUGGAUACUCGAAAACUGAUCUACAUCGCAGAAGGAGUCAGAGGCGAAUCGGCUUGGACACAGGAUGGGAACCUUUUUGCUCACAGUAGUCCCCACUUGACAAUUCGAAACGCUGCCACUGGUGAAAUCAUACAGGAGUUUCCAGAGUACAAGGGUGCCAGCGAGUUGCACUGGGCGGUUGUUUAUGAGGAGAAGACUGCAGAAAAGGCGAAUGACAGUGAAGACGAUGAACAAGUUCAGCAGUAUCGACUUGCAAUGGUGGUUGGAGGCCAAUAUGAUCCAAAUUAUAGCGCCAAGGAUGAAGCUGUCCUUGGAACAUUGGGUAAUAGUGUGAUGGAAAAGCUUAGAAAGGCCAAACGAGCAAGGAUGGAAUUCAAACCUCCUGGAGUCUAUGUCUUUGACGUCAGUAUGGAACAGCAAGAAUUCCUUUGUCAACUUCCAACAUCUACAGGAUUUCCAACUCGAAACAUGUUUUUUGCCGACCAAAAUCUAUGGUCUUGGUCACCUUGCGGGACAAUGGGUGCGGCGAUGGACAAGACUGCAAAAGUUGAGAUUUGGCACAUGCCGAAAGGUGCCAAAGAAAACGACGAAAACCCUGUAUUCCAGAAACUAUCUGGAUUCAGUGUGUCGGAAUCGACUCUUGCGAUAGCAUUUGGAAAAGAUUCCUCAGUUGUAACCAUUGGAGAAAACGUCUUGGAGUUUUCUAAUGCGAAAGAUGGGUCAAUUAUUCGGACAGUCGACCGUGCACAAUUUGCAACAGCUUACGCAGAACUGUCACCAGUUGGCGCCUCCGCAAUGCGAGUCGGCGAUAAAGACUUUGGCGAUGAGGAUGCCUACAACUCAUUUGAAACUAAUUAUUCGCUUCUUCCAAUACUGGAUAAGGCUGGUAAUGCAUUUAAUGCUUGCUCAACAAAAAAGGGUGCACUUCUUUGCCCUAUCACAAUGUUGGAAGAAGCAAUGAAGCAUUGCCACUUUUCAUUCAACAAUUCACACUCUUGGCCGUUGGAGUGGGCAGACUUUAAGACAUGUGAAAGCCUUCGAGAUCUGAUUGAUGACCCGCUAUUCCCUCUGCCGAAAGACAUGCGAGAAAAAGUUCGUUUGGCCGCCGAAACGCCUACUGUUAUGCCUCAAGUCAAGACUUUGGUGAAUGAAGACGCUUCAGUGACGGCGUCUAACCUUGUUGAAUCAUGGCUUGAAAUGAAAGAGAAAGAUAUCGAAAGCCAAGGAGGUGGAAUAAUCCAAGACCAGCUUUAUGACGUUUGCCUUGUUUAUAUCAACGAAGGCCAGAUUGAGAAGGCUUUGGACCUUGCCACCAAAAUCAAACCAGUUUUUAUCUCACGAACUUCAGCCCUUUGUGACGCAGCAACAAUGUUGUUGAUGAAAGGUCAAUCAGAGGAUGCAAAGCCUUUUGUACAUGAAGCUAAUUCGAGUCUUGAGAGCUUUGAUGUGACCAAAUACACAAACCUGACAUUUCUUUAUGCCCCUUUCAUGGCAAUGGAAUUGGCUUUGGGCGACGAGGAAAAAGCGAGAUCAUUCGAGGCCAAAGCCCGGGAGGACAUUGACAACGAAAACAACCCGGGCGAGAAAUACAGAUGUCUUGCAAGAAGUUUCUUUCUUGUUGAACGUUUUACCUCUGCUAUAGGGGUAUUGGACGAAGGUCGGCAAAAACAUUUGAAUUAUUCCAGGAUAAUACCUAUAUUCUUGGAGAACAAAAAGGUUAAUAACGACGUUAUCGUUGGACUGAUGAAUGCCGUUAUCAUGAAAGCCACAAGUGCUGACUCGGGGAGCUUUUCGUCAUCACAGAACAUCGCCAUGGCCAUUUCGCAAUGUUUUGCUGAAAGGGGCGAACACGAGAAGGCGCUAGAGCUUAUGAAAGACCACGAUAAGCUAUUCAAAAGCAUCAGAACUGUUGAAGCCGAAAUAGACGUCAUUCGAAGGCUCAAAGAAGCGAAUGAAGAAGCAAAAGCAAUGGCUGCUUUGGAUGAAAGGAUCAAGCAAUCUCGUCCGUACAAAUCAAGUUUGAAUAGCUGGCUUCGCGCUCUUGUGGUACUAGAACUGGACUCCGAGUACCCUGCCGACUUGUUGAACGAGCUUCUCGCUGAAAUGGAGAAAGCAAUUCCUGCUGAAUUGAACAGUCGGUAUACGGGACCUGAGAGAUUCAUUGAAGAUUUGGCUUGGGUAGAAGGACGACUUGGUCGAGAGGAUCAAUUUCUAGCAAUCCUAAAGCAAUCUGUGAAUCGGCAGAAUUUUCAGCUCAUCGCAUACCUCAGUCUACUGAAUGGAAGUAGAAGCGACAAUUGCCGCGACAUCAUUUUCGCUGAACUCAAACAAACAGUCGAAGGCAAUCCAGCUACUGUCGAUUCCUUUCUCAGUCUUGCCCAUGCUUCGCAUUCAAUGGGCAACCAGUCUUCCAUGGAAACUUACUUCGAAAUAGCAGCUCAAAUGGCUUCAAAGAAUGAUGACCCAAGCAGCAAAUUGCGUCAAGUGAUGCAAUCUCAAUUGAAGGUCAACGAUCUUGGUGGGGCCUACCAGACUUGGCGGCGGGUAGUGCCUGGUGAUAGAUCAUAUAUUGGAAGGGAAUUUCUAGAAGCCUUGAUGAAAGUCAAACACUACUCCGGAGUGAUGCAAUACGUCGAACAGCUCCCUUCGAAAGACGGGAAAACAAACGCUACCUUCUCGGCAAUAUGUUUCACUUACAAUGGAAUCGGUGAUGAUGUGCACUCGUGGCGAUAG